AUGUCACAAGACCCUCUCUACUUGGAUAUUAACAGCUUUGCCAGCCUCGCUGAUCUCUUUCGGGUGGCUGAAGAGCCUGAGUGUUCCAAAGUUCAAUUUGCUGAAAAUGUGAAUCUACGAAAGUAUAUCGAAAAGUCUUAUAGAGGGAAUAUCUUAUCCUAUAACAAUUGGACAAAACAUAUGUUACGUUUGGAAGAAAUUAAACUUCGCUUACCUUCUCUUGCGAACGCGGGUGAUGUCGUUGAACUCGUUCAAAGGUUGAAUAGCGCUAGCUCCCUUGAUGAAGAGCAGAGUUAUUCGGCUGGAAUCGUCAUUCAGCUGGUGACCCGUUUGUUGACCUUUUCGCUGCAAUUUCGAAGAUCUCUCUCCGCUGUGCCAAAAGAUCGUUUAACUUCGGCACUAUCUGCAGUAUCGGAUUACCACAGUGCUGUGUUAGAUCACUCAACCCUUUCACAACGUUACCGUGGAAAGUACUUGAGAACGAUUUCAUGGAAAAAGCUCAAAUAUGUUACAAUUGCCUUUCAAUCCGUACAGCGAUCCGACGGAAUCAUUUCCGGUGCAUCUCCUUUUGUAGUCACAGGUGGCGCGAUACAACCCUUGGACACGACCGUGUUAAAGAACCUGAUCUUUUAUGAGGUCGUUUCCGGAAAAGCCGCUUACAUUCAGAGUGCCUUGCACCUCUUCAUGAGAGCUGUUGGACGUUAUGUAUUGUUGGAAAUUUACAAACACGUGGACUUGGCACACGGAAUUGGAUUACUCAAGACGGAAGUGACCGCUGCUAUAUUCAAGAGCCUUUGUUAG